AUGCCGACCGAGAACAUCGUUGGGAACAGCAUGAUCCGGCAGCUCCGGCUCCUGCGGCGCCGUGAGUGGUACACCUGGAUCACUGUGUGGCCCUUCACGGUGCUCUACGUUGUCUCCGUUGUCCUCUACCUCUACCCCGAGCUCGUCUGGGACCGCGUGACGUAUCUGGUGCAUCAGACGUACAUCGACUUCUUUCACGCCAUCUGCUUGCCCAUUCUCGUCUUCCUUCACUCCUUCCUCUCCCUCUUCACGAUUUGGUCCGUGCGGUUUCGCGCUCGCAUCAUCUAUCGGGCUGUGGCGAUGGAGCAGCUAACCGUGGCGACGGAUGUCCUGGUGGAGACGCACCUGCACAGGGGCGAGUCGGAGAUCGUGCCUCUGCACCAGGAGGGCGACGACGGUCAGCCGCCGUGCUUUGUGUUCCAGCAGCGCAAGUGGAAGCUGGACGGGCAUGAGGGUAUUUUCGUGAAGCCGCGCUUCCCCACGAAGCACAGCUUCUCCUACUACAUUCGGUGGGAGGGUCUCAACAAGGAGGCGGACCGCACGAAGCAGGUGGACGCGUACGGGCUCAACAAGAUGGAGGUGGUCAUCCCCGAGUUCCAGGACCUCUUCGUCGACCAUGCCCUCUCCCCGUUCUUCGUGUUCCAAAUGUUUUGCGUGCUGCUCUGGUGCCUCGACGAGUACUGGUACUACUCCCUCUUUACCGGUUUCAUGAUGGUGGGCAUGGAGUGCACGACAGUCUACCAGCGCAUCCGUAACAUGCGCACGCUCCGCGACAUGGCGGAGGUGCCAGUGCGCGACAUUGACGUCAUGCGUGGCGGCAAGCGCGUCACAAUCAAGACCGAUGCCCUGUUGCCGCUGGAUAUCAUCGUGGUGCCGAGCAACGCCCCGUGCCCGGUUGACGCGUUGCUGGUGAAAGGCACUGCGGUGGUGAACGAGGCGACCCUGACCGGCGAGUCGACGCCGCAGCUUAAGGAGGCGCCGGAUGACGUGGAUAUAGCCCUCAGCGUCAAGAAGCACGCGCGACACAUGCUCUUCUCUGGCACGCAGAUUCUGCUCAGCAAUGGCCCUCACGAGACCUCCGAGGAGGGCGCGCACAGCCGCGACAGGAGCAAGGCGCUCGCCGUCGUGCUGAAGACGGGCUUCGAGACGAAGCAAGGCAAGCUGCUGCGCACCAUUCUGCACAGCCAGGGCCGCGUCAGCGAGAACAGCGGCGAGGCCUUUGGCUUCAUUGGCGUGCUCGUGGUCUUCGCGCUGGCAGCCAGCGGCUACCUGCUGAAGCGUGGUCUCGCAGAUCCGCACCGCAGCCGGUGGAAGCUUUUCCUGUCCUGCGUGCAGAUCAUCACUUCCGUGGUGCCGCCGGAGCUUCCGAUGGAGCUGUCGCUGGCCGUCAACACAACUCUGCUUGCGCUGACGAAGCUGCAAGUGUUCUGCACAGAACCGUUCCGCAUCCCGUAUGCUGGAAAGGUAGACACGUGCUGCUUCGACAAGACCGGCACCCUCACCACGGACGAGAUGCUCUUCGGCGGUGUGGACAUGAUCGAUGGCAAGGGGCUGUUGAACAAGCUGAAGGCGAUUCCGAAGUACUCGGAGAUGGUGCUGGCUACGUGCCACUCCCUCGUCUACCUCGACGAAGAGACGCUGGCUGGAGAUGAGAUGGAGAAGGCCGCCAUCACCGCCUUGGGCUACCGUAUCGACAGCGAGGACAACAUUCUCUACGACCCCAAGCCUCUUAGGGAUGAGGACAAGGAGGGGCAGGCGAAGGCCAAGAAGGGGGCCGCGGCGCAGCAGAAGAUGUACAAGGUUCUACUGCGCUUUCCUUUCCUCGCCACGCUGCGCCGCAUGGCCUGCGUCGUCUCCGCCCCAGAUGGCAAGUACAUCGUCGCCAAGGGCUCGCCGGAGUCCAUCGCUGCCCUGUGCGAGUCUGUCCCUGAAGACUGCCUGAAAAUCGCCGAGGAGACGGCGGCAAAGGGCUACCGCGUCAUCGCCCUUGCGUAUCGCUCGCUGACAGAUGCGGAGCGGGCGUCAAAGGAGACCAUUCUUGCGCUGCGCCGCGAGAACAUCGAGAAGGGGCUGCGGUUUGCUGGUCUCGCUGUGUAUGUGUGCCCGCUGAAGAAGGACGCCAAGGAGACGAUCGAAAACUUGGAGGGCGGCAGCCACCGCUGUGUCAUCAUCACCGGUGACAGCGUGCAGACGGCGAUCUCGGUCGGCAAGGACGUGUCGAUGCUGUUGUGCAAACGACAGCUGGUGGCGAAGGACGCGGCAGGUGGCGGAGUAGAGUGGGUGGACUCGGUGUCGAGCGUGGUGCAGCCGGGGACGCCCCAGGACAUCAUCGCCAACACCUUCCAGCGCAGCCGUCGCAAGCUGACGCCGCGCGAAAACGAAUGGGACCUCUGCGUGAACGCGGAGACGAUCAGCCCGGAGUCGAUGCAGUACAUCAUAGAGACGUACAACGAGCAUGUCACCAUCUGGGCUCGCUGCGCUCCGACACAGAAGGAGGAAAUCGUCACAGACCUCAAGAAGAAGGAUCACAUCGUCAUGAUGGCCGGCGACGGCACGAACGACGUUGGUGCGCUCAAGCAGGCACACGCCGGCAUUGCCGUGCUGAACUCGGCCUCGGUCGCCCCCAAGGCGGAGAACAAGGAGCUGGUGGUUGACCCGCAGCCGCACAACGAGCCGGAUGUGCCGGCCGAUCUGAAGGUGCCGCCGCAUUUCAAGUUCACCGUCGUGCCUCCGGAGCCGCAGGUGGGGACGCCGUUCAUGGAGAUGAUGAAGUGGAAGAUGCUGGAGGCGAAGCGCAAAGUGGAGAUCAAGCAGAUCACGGCGUGGAACAAGCAGCUGAAGGAGGCGGAAAAGACCAAGGCAGACAAGAAGGCGGCUGCGCCGCCACCGCCGCUGAAUGGCACCGGCGACUCGGACUUCCUGAUGGAGUCCCUCUUCAACUCGGAGGACGAGAAUAUGGGCGGUCCGCCGAUGAUCAAGCUUGGUGACGCGUCCAUCGCGGCGCCGUUCACGUGCCGCUCCAAAGCUCUUACCUCUGUGUGCGACAUCAUCCGGCUUGGCCGCACGACGCUUGUGACGACGCACAUGAUGUACAAGAUCCUCGCCUUGAACUGCCUUACGCAGGCGUAUUCCAUGUCGGUGCUGCACUGCGCUGGUGUGAAGUUUGGCGAGAAGCAGAUGAUCUUGGCUGGCAUCAUCUUGUCCGUGUGCUUUCUCUUCAUGUCUCGCAGCAAGCCACUGACGCACCUGUGCCGUCAGCGGCCUGUCACGAAGGUGUUCCACCCGUACAUGAUCUGCACCGUCUUCUUCCAAUUUGCGCUGCACCUGUAUUGCAUGAUGAAGACGUCGUGGAUGGUGGCGGAGGUGGACGCGACGACCAUGAGCGACAUGAGCAAGAACUACCAGGAGGUCGAGUUCAAGCCGACGCUGCUGAACUCCACCAUGUUCCUCCUUACCACCCUCAUCUCCGGCGUCACGUUUGCGGUGAACUACCGCGGCGAGCCAUUUAUGCAGGGUAUACGCAAAAAUCGCCCCAUGCUCAUCGCCCUCAUCAUCCUCGGCUUCGUCGUCUUUUGCUUCGCCUCCGAGGCGAGCCCGGAGUUCAACGAGGAGUUCGAGAUCACCGCCUUUCCCACCGAGGCGUUCCGCACGCGCUUCACGCAGCUCCUCCUGCUCGACGCGCUCGGCUGCUUUGUGGUUGAGAAGGCGUCGCUGAUGCUCUUCACGGACUACUGA